AUGGUUGGUCAUGACAGUGUUAUGGACUUUGAGACAGAAGAACAUAUUGGUUCUACACCUCCAGUUUCUAAUAAUGCUGGUUUGUUGCCUCAAAAGCGUAAAAAUCGGUCAGAAUCAUGGAAUCAUUUUACAUCGAUGCCGUCGAACACAGAAAUGUCAAAGUUAGCAAAAUGCAAGCAUUGUGGCUCCUUAAUCAAGUAUAAUGGUGGAACAAGCGCUAUGCUAGCUUAUUUGAGAAGAUGUAGUGAUAAUCCAGACAAUGCGGUGAAUGUGACGAUGCAUGAACCAUCUUCAAGCUCAAUGGAAAAUAGGGAAGCGGUUGUUAAUUCAUCUCCUUCGGCUCCCAAAUUUGACCAAGAAGUUAUCCGAAUGGACUUGACAAAAAUGUUUGUAGCCAUGGAACUUCCGUUUCAAAAGGUAGAGCAUCCAUAUUUACAUAGGUUCAUUUAUGGCUUACAACCAAAAUUUAAGUUCCCAUCACGCAAUACACUAGCACGUGAGAUUUUGAAGAAUUGGGACGUGGAGAAAGCAAAGAUGAAGACUAUUUUGUCACAAAAUUGUCGCCGAGUUUGUAUCACUACAGACACAUGGACAUCUACCCAAGACUCUAAUUACAUGUGUCUCACAGGGCAUUACAUUGAUAACAAUUGGAAGCUACAAAAAAAUAUUUUGAAUUUUACUCAAGUCACAGACUACACAGGAGAGAUUAUGGCCAAAACAGUUAAGAAGUGCUUAAAUGGUUGGGAACUAAAUCGUGUGCUUAGUGUUGCCGUGGACAAUGCAUCUUCAAAUGACGUCGGAAUUCAACAUCUCAAAAGAUGA